ACACAACAACAGAAGAAGAAGACCGUAGAAGAAGAAGGCUGUAGAAGAAGGAGGAGGUGUCCUCGUUGUUCAGAACUUGUAAAUGCUGCUGCCUCGGCCUGGUUUGUCUUCUAAAACAGAUCUCUGAUCUCAGUGGGACUUCAUGGUUCAAUAAAGAUGUUGUUUCACCUGCAGGCAGCAGAACCAGUCCAGUCCGGUUCAGUCCAGUCCGGUGGCGGCCAUGUUGAGACCUCUGAGGAUCCUCCUCUCCCCCCCAAAAUGUCCACUGACCCGCUGCUGCUCAGGAUACGUGUCCAGGAUGAGGUUCGUGAACCGGCUGCAGGAGGAUGAUGAUGCGUGUGCUGCAGCGCUGCAGAACGGUCGCAUUUUCCUGUUCCACAGUUUGUCUCCUCUGCUGCAGCGCACCAACAGAGGAACCUUCAGAACAUCAGCACUCACCGCCUCAGACUUGCAGCCGAUUCUGAAGAACCUCGGUUCAGACGGGUCUCUGUUGAAGGAGUCGGUUCUGAUUGGCUGCUCUGAACAGAACCAGGCUGAAUUCUGUCUGGACGUUGGACAACUGGACCAGGCAGCAGUAGAAGAACAGUGUGGAGGAACCUUUGUGGAUCUGAGGAAGGCCUUCUUCCUUCUGAAGGGAGCUGAGGCGCCUCUGGUGGCCAAGGGUCAGGCUCUGCUGCGCUGGCAUCAGACCAACAGGUUCUGCAGCGCUACGGGUCAGCCGACCCAACGGAACCAGGCCGGCAGCCACAGGUUCUGCAGCAGCAGCUCCACCACCUACUACCCACAGAUGUCUCCAGUGGUGAUCGUCCUGGUGUCUGAUGGGACUCGGUGUCUCUUGGGUCGCCAGGCGUCCUUCCCUCGGGGGCUCUACAGCGCUCUGGCUGGCUUCUGUAACAUGGGUGAGACUCUGGAGGAGGCUUUGCGUAGGGAGGUGGCGGAGGAGGUGGGUCUGGAAGUCCAGAACAUCUCCUACAGCUCCUCACAGCACUGGCCUUUCCCUCACAGUUCCUUCAUGGUGGCCUGCCACGCCUCCGUUAGCCCCACCCACUCUCAGGUGGACGUGGACCACUCAGAGCUGGAGGAGGCUCGCUGGUUCUCUCUGGAUGAGAUCACCUGUGCUCUACAGGUGAAGGCUCCGCCCAGGAGAGGCGACCCGCCCGUCAUCUGGCUGCCGCCGCCGCACGCCGUCGCAAACCGCCUCAUCACGGAGUGGGCGGACCUCCAGCGACACGGCAAGGACGGCCCGUAGCGUCCAAUCACUGAGCUCAGAGGAGGUGACCACACAUGUUCCCGACACGUCUGAUUUGUUCCUGAUGUUCUAUUUAUAUGUUCCUAACAUGUCCUUGACGUGUUCCUCACAUGUUCCCAAUAUGUUCUCGACAUGUACUUCACACGUUCUUCACAUGGUCCCAGUGAGUCCUUCACAUGUUCCUGACAUGUUCCUGACAUGUCAGCAGGUGCUGCUCAUAGAGAACCUUUGUGUUCUCCAAUAGAACUCUGAAGAUCUCCUCCUCAGAGCUCUGAGACCACUGAUGUGAAACAAACACAACUGGUUCCACAUGUUCCACACAUGUUCUUGAGUCAGGAGUGACAAUCAUGAGACUCUCAGUAAUUCAUCAUGUGUAGGACCAGGACCAGGACCAGGACCAGGACCAGGACCAGGACCAGGACCAGGACCAGGACCGGCUGCAACCUGUGGAGGAUCUCAGUUCUGCCUGUCAGGUCUCCUCAGAGCAGCAGCGGGUUUAUGAAGGAACGUUGAGAACUCGUCCUGGUUCUCAAACCUGAACUCACACGUAUGAAACAUGUAUGUUGAGGUUCCGUGUGUUCUCCACAGAAGAGCACAGUUCAGAAGUCUACAGAGAACCUGAUAACCUGUCUGAACACAAACAGAUGUUUUUCUGUUAUUUGAUCUUCAGAAUGUUUUCAUGUCAUUUUAAUGAAGAACAUUUUAAAUAAUUUAUAACAAACUUCAGUAAUAAUUUCUGUAUAAAACAUGGAACUACCUCUGAGUUAUUUACAGUCUGAUCUGAACACUUUAAUAAAACAUGGAGAGAUUUUAAAAA